UCCGUUUCGGUUAGGCAGAAGGAACUGAAACAUGUGAGAGGCAGCAGCAGUGGAAAACAUGGCGACUCCUGUUAGUGCAGUUCGUCUCUGUCGCCUAGCAGGACGGACUGUCACCUCUUUGUCAGUCAGACACAGCCAUCUGGCGAGGAGAUGCUACAUUACCACCUCGACGGGGAUGAAUCUUCAAUUCAGGCUUGAUGAGCGGACGGCUCACAGCAGUCUGGACCUCUUCAAGAAAAACACUGGUGUCAUCUACCGCAUACUUGGUCUGGACCCCAGCCACGUGCAAGACAAUCCCGAACGUUUCCGAGACUGGGCCGUCGUGUUUGGCGACGAGAAGAUCAGCAGCGGGCGACACUAUUGGGAGGUGACGGUCAAAAAGUCUCAAGAGUUUCGUCUGGGUGUGGCCGAGGCACUGAUGUCCCGAGAGGACUGCGUGGGCACCAACAACUCCUCCUGGGUGUUCGGCUAUGCUCAGCGUAAGUGGUUUGCCAUGACUAACAAUAAGGUAGUUCCUGUGACGUUGGUGGGCAAGCCGGACCGCGUAGGCAUCCUGCUUGACUAUGAAGCGGGCCUUCUGGGGCUGGUGGACAUUGAAAAACCCGCAAUCAUUCACUCCUUCAGGGUCCAGUUUAAGGCUCCCCUGUGCCCCGCUUUUGGACUCUGGGACGGGGAGCUGCUCACACACUCUGGUGUGGAGAAGCCUGAAGGCCUGAAGUGAAGCAGGAUGAACUGUGAUGGUGAUGCUUGGGAUGGCCAUAUAAGACUGUGGGCUUGCAUUUGGUGCCGUGGUAACAUUUAUUACAAGCAAUAAAGACAACAUCUACUGUAUAUGGGAGUUAUUUACAGCUCAGUUGCAGGUGAUGGUUAAUUUUCUGUGGUCCAGUUGGUUCAUAAUCAUGACUCUUAACAAUGCAAGCUCAUACUUUGUGUAUGUCAUUCAGCCUCAGGCAGUCAGAGUCACACAAGCUGUUUUUAUGCAUACCUCAUGUAUUACCUCUCAGACUAAACCUGAUGUGAAAUGAUGUGUGGUUGUUUCUGAGAGGAACAUUAACUGCCAAGUAUUUUCGCUGUGCUCUGGCGUUACCAAACGCACUUCAGUCUCAUGUUCAUACUGUAUUAUUGUUUAAUAAAAUAACACUUCACUGAAA